AUGGAAGGAACACCAUAUAUUGAUGUUAAAGAUAGAAUCAGUAGGUUGCCUGAUAACUUAAUUCAUCACAUUAUGUCUUUUAUGGAUACUAAAUAUGCAGUGCAGACUAGUGUUCUAUCGAAACGGUGGAUUCAUGUUUGGAAAUCUCCACCGUUUCUCAACUUUGAUAGGUGGUCAUUUUCAGUAAACAAAAAAGAUAGUUUCGUCAUGUUUCUGUUUUCAUAUGAUAAGGCCAAAUAUGUUGAUAUUAUUCUACCAAGAUCAAUGAGUUUACCUCGGCUUAAAAUGUUGUUCUUAUAUGGAUUAUCAAUCUCCAAUGUGGAAUCAUCUAAAAGACUCUUUUCAAGUUGCACAGUUCUUGAAGAUCUACUAAUAGCUGAUUGCGAUAUACAGACUAAUAACCAAAGGAAAUUGAUUGUUGAUUCUGUCACCCUUAAGGAGAUUUCGUACACCUGUUGGCGUAGAGAUCUUUUGCCCCAAAAUGAUACUAUCGCUACCAGUGUCAAGUUAUGUGCUUCAAAUUUGGAAACUUUCACUUGCAGAUGUUUCUUGGCGCAAGAUUAUUCUCUAGAAAUCUGUUCUCCACUAUCCCGGGUAUACUUCGAUGUGACACUCAAUGUAAACGAAAAAGAUGAGACUGCAGAAGCAUAUUCAAGUUUGACCUCAGAGGAAAAAGAAGUGUAUGGUAAACGUGUAAUGCAAUUUCUAGGAGCUGUAUAUAUGGUGAAAACAAUGAAAUUAUCACCUGGAUUCCUUGAGGUACGGGUGCUUCCUCUCUUCCAUAUAACAUAUUUGCAUAUAUGGUUUAAGGAAUUGCCUAGUCAAAUCUGUGAGAAAGCCAAGGGUGCUUCUGCUUAA